AUGCUAGAGGUCCCAAAAGGAGUUGCUGAAUGGGAGCUCACUGUCGAGCUCCAAGAGGAACCCACGUUCUGCCUGCAGAUAAACGAAGCUGAAACCUCCUCGAAUGAUCAGGCAUGGUACACAGACAUCAAGGAAUAUCUCGAGCAUCAGAAGCCAUCAGACAACGGAACUCUGUUCGUCAAUAAAAGGAUGGGCGGCUUCCUCGACAAAUUCAAGAUUCAACGGCAUCGAUCAAGUCCUUACCGUCCUCAGAUGAAUGGUGAGGUUGAAGCUGCAAAUAAGACUAUCGUCCGCAUACUGGAGAAAAUGGUCAAGACAUUGUGA